CGACAAGCCGGGCACAUGCUGCAGUUCAACGCAAUUACUUGAGAAAGGCCCGGUGCUAUGCGCGCAUCACUGCGACUCCUCUCUAUUUCCACCCCCGUUUGUGCCUGUGAUCUGUGCCGAAGAUCCCUCUCAACAGGGUUGCAAAGCGUCUCCUCCAGCCAUCUGACCGUGUCACGACUGCUGUCCGAGGCACCGCGUGCUUGAAUCGUGUCUCUUGAUUCGCUCAUUCGGCCAGGCGCAUCUCAACUCGGUUGCAGCACUCUCUUCCCCAACUGGUCCUGCUGCUAUUGCACGAACACCCACGGUCUUGUGAGCCCUAAACGAUCUUUGGACCCGAAGCCUGACGUCUGGACCACCUUGGUACCGAAAAUUUCAACAGUGGAAGCGAGUUCGCAUUAAACACAGUCAACUCACCGAAAGAACCUUCCACCACUCUGGCCUCGCCUUGAACGGCGUUCUCCCACCGCUUCUUUGCUCGCCCAAUGUCACAUAUACCACAUCUUCGACCAUCGCAGAGUGGUCCUUCUAUUCGCUAACAUACCUGGAAAAGUGUCGCCAGCCGCCGGGCCACCCAGGAGCCUUGUCAGGGUCGACUCUAUUCGUAAUAGUGGCAUUUCGGUCUUCCUUUUUCUACCCUCUCACCUCCAAACAUGAAAUUCGGCAAGCAGAUCCAGCGCCAGCAGUUGGAUCUUCCUGAAUAUGCGGCCAGUUUCCUUAACUACAAGGCCCUCAAAAGGCUCAUCAAGCAGCUCAGUGCUACGCCUACCAUUAGUGCCCAAGGAGGUCCCACCACCCUCGACGCACAGGCCGCGCUUAGGGCGAAUAAGGAGGUGUUCUUUUUCCGGCUGGAACGUGAGAUAGAAAAAGUCAACGUCUUUUAUCUCCAGAAAGAGGCAGAGUUUUCGCUUCGUCUAAAAACAUUGCUCGACAAGAAAAGAGUCAUUCAAGCAAGAAUAGCAGCCAGCUCCAGACUCUCUGCUAGUUUCGCAACCUUGGUCGAAGGGUUCCAACAGUUCGACAAUGAUCUCAACAAACUUCAACAAUUCGUUGAAGUCAAUGAAACCGCAAUUUCAAAAAUUCUGAAGAAGUGGGACAAAACAUCAAAGUCAAGAACGAAAGAGAUCUACCUCCAGCGAGCCGUCGAAAUCCAACCGUGCUUUAAUCGCGAUGUACUCCGGGACCUCGCAGACCGAGCGACAACGGCGAGACUCGAUUUGGAAGCAUGGGCUGAGGGUGAAAACAUUCAGUACGAGGUAUCUAGGCAACAAGAUCGCAUGAUCGGACAACGUGUGGGCACAGAAGAGAGUGACAUCGACAUCCAAAUUCUUCAAGCCUCAGCUGCAGGUAACAUUGGCGCCCUACGCGAAUGGGUUGCGAGACUAGGCAACUCUCCAGACGCGCGCGAUCGUUUCACCAGAAUUUUCCUUGCGACAAUCUCUGAAGCACCCGACGAUUCUUUGACCCUCUUCCUAAACUCAGGCCUGGUCGACAUCCACGCCGAAGAUGACAUCAAUGAACGGAACUGUUUGCACGAAGCUGCAAUUUAUGGCAAAGACAUUGUACUGGACUAUGCUCUCAGUCAUGGAGUUGACCUGACCCGUUUGGAUGUGUACGGUAGGGUACCGUUGCACUAUGCCUGCCUAAGAGGACGCCUUGCUAUGGUCGAGAAAUUGUUGGCAGCAGGACCGAACACUAUCGACAUGAAAGAUCAUGACAACUUUACGCCGCUGAUCCAUAGUAUUGUGCGGCAUCGGGUCGACUGUGUUCGCCUUCUCAUUGCCAACAAUGCAAGGAUUGACCCACAAUCCGACGCAGACCAUAUUCCUCUGAACUUGGCUUGUCAACACGGAUCUAUCGAAGUUGCAGCGUUGCUGUUAGAAAGAAACGCCAAACUUCUCCCCGACGCAGAAGGUCUUUUCCCCCAACAUCUCGUCGCCCGAUCGAGUGAAAAGGCCGAUCUCCUUCUGCUUCUACGGCAGCAUGGAGCCGAUUUAAACCAGCGCGAUAAGUUGUACCAAUGGACGCCACUGUUUCACGCAGCAAGCGAAGGUCGCGUCGAGUGCUUGCGGGCCCUGCUAGAAAACAGUGCCGAUCCUGAGGCACUGGACGAAAAGGGGCUUACUGCAAUGUAUUAUGCAACAUGGGAAGGCCACCUAGAGUGUAUGGAACUUCUUUGGCAGCAAAGCAGCCACCAUCGCGCCGAACGCAGAUCUUCCACCAUGUUAGGAGCUGUGGUCCCUCCCCACAGCCAGAUGCUGGCAAUGGAGAUCACACCCGAAGAGCCUACAGGAGUUGACGCCGAUGGAAUACCUGAUCUAUCUCUGCCCCCACCGAUCAUACCUCUGCGCCGCUAUGGACACAAUUUCCUCGAUACGAAAACCUUCAUUGCCCUCAACUUUGAUCGGACGUCGAAAGCUAUACAGUUCUUCAAUGAAGCGAGGUAUCCUGCCGCUCGGUUAACCAUUUCUUCGAAAACAUCGGACCUCAUUCCUCGCAAUUUAAUGCUGCCUAUACAAGAGGACGCUAGAUCUGUCUACUUUCAAGUGGACAAUCUCAGCACCUUCUCUGUGGAUUUUGAGAUCUACCCGACCUUUGGAUCCAAGGUGAUAGCCAAGUCGGUCGCCCUUCCGGAUGUUUUUCGAGCCAUCCAGAGCAGCGCUGGGACCUGCUGCCUUCCACUGUUUGAUCCGAGGCUCCGGUCAGUGGGUCAGAUACAGUUCGAUUUCCAAGUCAUCAAACCAUACCAGGGUACGCCGCUUGAGAUCACGCAAUUUGCGCCGUACUGGAAAGCCACGAGUGCUUUGGACGAUCACAGCGGAUUAGUCACAGGCUCGAGCCUCUCCGGAGACUACCUUAGACUAACGAUACAGCUUACCCGGGACGGUGUUCCUGUGAGCUACCCAUCUUAUUUCAUGACAUACAACAAUCUCGACGUCUCACUGUGUCUGCUCAAAUACGAGAUACUUGUGAAGCUUGGCAUGACUAGUGGUCUGCUCAACAGUGACGGCACCCCGAUACUGGAAAGCAUGGACAUCAUCGAUUGGCGAGAUCGACUUUCUGGCUCUAUCUUCGCCCUUCGCGAGAUCCUAGCCGCGGUACCAGCCCAUAUCAACCUCAAUCUGCACAUUCUGUAUCCAACAAACCAUGAGGAUCUCAACUUGGGCGUCUACUCCAACAUCGAUAUUAAUACCUUCGCUGAUGCGAUCCUGACCGAAGUCUUCGAUCAUGCGAGAGCCUUGCGCGCACAGGGCCCAGACCUGACCCGCUCUAUUGUGUUCUCUUCAUUCAACAGCAACAUUUGCACUGCCCUAAAUUGGAAGCAGCCGAACUUCCCCGUCUUGCUCUGCAAUGACUUAGGCCGUGUGCAGGGUGCUUACCGCUCGUCUGCAAAUCUACUUGGACCAGUUUCGCAACGAGGGACGUCAAUCAAAGAGUCGGCGCGCUUGGCACAGAUGAACAACUUUAUGGGACUGACUUGCUCGGCCCGGAUCUUGCAGAUGGUACCUGCUUUGACCGAAACCAUCAAGCAGGCAGGGCUAGUGCUUGUAUCUGAUGUCUCAACGGACGACGACAAUGGAAGCCAACAUCAAUCUCACUCGCAGGGGCAAGCCCACAACCCGGGUUUUGCGAUGAUACCGGAUGGUGUCAACGGGCUUAUGAAGGCCAACGGCAUUCUACGAUUCAACGAGACGGUCGACAUGUGAGAAGCAUCCCGGGAGACGCGGGCUCAAGGAAGACCGUGGUGACUUACAGCGAUUGAUGAUUUUAUUGACGAAAACCAUAGGGGACACGGACCCUAAUGCAGCGGGUGGAGGGGGGAAAAGAAAUUCGAGAAAUUGGCGGGGCUUCUUAGUAGCUUGCAUCUUGGCCGGGACAUGCAUUCAUUCAUGGUGGUGUAGUGAUCAUGGUCAUCGUGGAGCUCGGACAGGGCACUGAAUAGACACUGUCACAGAAUGCAGACGAAUUCAAGUCAUCUGCAGGUUAUGUUUUACAGGCGAUAUAUGAGAAUUAAACAGGGACCGGCACUGGCAUGUGUAGGCAUCAAAUUCAGCGGCAGCCCACAGUUCUCGGAGA